ACAUGAAGAAAGAGUGGGACGCUCUCCUGAAGGUUCAAUUCUUAGUGAAAACUGCUUCUGCAGUUGUUUGAAUCUUCUUUACCGUCUGUUUAUUCUAUUUACGUACAACUCUGGAUACUUGUUGUACGAGUAUCAAAUACCAAUUGGCCCCAGAACGGGUUUUCAUUUACAUUACAAAAGAUCUAAGGACUUGUGUUACUGUGCAAUCAUGAAUCAAGAAAAUGGAUCGAUGUCUAGGCAUUCGCAAUUGGACGACUCAAAUUACUCGUAUUGGAAGUCUAUGAUGACAAUUUUCCUAAGAUCGCUUGGAAAAGGUGUGUGGGAAAUCCAAUGCAAGACUGCGAAAGAUGCUUGGCAGAUCUUACAACGUCAAUUCGAAGGUUCAAUGGAUGUCAAGGCAUCUAGACUUAAACGUGUGACUCUUGAAUUUGAUGAAAUCAGAAUGAGGGAUGAAGAGACAAUUGACAUUUACUAUGCCAAAUUCUGUGAUUUGGUGAAUCAAGGUGCGAUGCUUGGAGAAGAAAUUUCUGAAAAAUGUCAAAUUCAAAAGAUUAUGAGAACGGUUGUUCCUAGGUUUAGAGAGAAAAUUACAGCACUUGAGAGUUUCCAAAGAGUGGCGUCUUUGGAUGUUGAUGAACUUAUCGGAGAGCUCAGGAUGUUUAAAAUCAACAACAACUAUGAUAAAGUCAAAAGUAAGGGUCUAGCUCUUAAAGCUGCUGUAGUUGAAGAAAAUAAAAACAGCGAUGAAGAUCAAGGUUCUUUGGCUGAUGAUAGUAAGCUGAAAGAAGCUCUUGAUCUAAUUGCGCGAAACUAUGGGAAGAUGAGUCAAAGGCUGUACAAGAAUAAAUUUGCUGGAAAAAGGGGCUACAAUUUCUGCAAAAAUGUG